GCCUGCCGCUGGCUGGACGUCCACGAUACCAGCUCACACCCGUCGUCUAAUUUGUCUCGCGACGAGCUUGUAAAAAGAUCUGUUUCAGAUGAGGCUCUGCUCGCCCAAUCUCCGGCAAGCCACCGCGGCCGCAACCUGCGCCAACACCCCCCUCGCAGCAGCUCUCGGCAAGAGUUCUUCAAACUCCCAUAUCCAUGGCCGACUCAGCUUCAGCCACACGUUACUGAACCACCGCGCCAAGAGAGCAGGAUGGGCGGUGCGCGUGCUUCCCCUGACGGAGGAGAACGUGGAGAGGGUGCUGGACGAGGUGCGGCCGAGCCUGAUGGCCGACGGAGGCAACGUGGCCCUGCACGAGAUCGACGGCCUAGUUGUCGUGCUCAUGCUCCAGGGCGCCUGCGGUUCCUGCCCCAGCUCCACCAUGACGCUCAAGAUGGGCAUCGAAACCCGCCUCCGCGACAAGAUCCCCGAGAUCCUUGAGGUCGAGCAGAUCCAUGACACCGAGACUGGGCUCGAGCUCAACACCGAGAAUGUCGAGAAGCUGCUAGAUGAGAUCAGGCCAUACCUUUCUGGCACCGGAGGUGGAAGCCUAGAGCUUGUUCAGAUCGAUGGUUUUGUCGUGAAGGUUCAAAUCAGUGGACCUGCAGCCAGUGUGAUGACAGUACGUGUAGCUGUGACACAAAAACUGAGAGAGAAAAUACCAACGAUCCUGGCUGUUCAGCUGAUAGAUUAAACAUGAAUUCAGUUGCGCAUCAAUAAAAGAAAGAUAAAAUUCAGCUUUGUGAUGA